AAUGACGUCAAAGGUACGCGACUGACCUCGGUUUGUGUCGGCUGCCGAGCUUACAGCUGCUCCAGUUGUGUUUUGGUUUUGUUUUGCCUGUCAUGUGCACUUAUCAUGAGGUAAGACACACAACAGCGUCGGCCUUGUCAUCGAUUCUGCUCAGUCGUCGCCGGCUGUCCAGGCUGCUUCUGCACCUGAAUACAGAGCUAGCCUGUUAGCUUGCAGCUAGCUCCAUUGCAGGAUCAGCACCUAAUGUAUGCGAAAUGCGCAACCAUUGCGGAUGUGGUGCAGACAAAAUUGCGCAUCAAUGCGACAGAAUACAGAAGUCAACAUAACUAAAGAGAACAGAGAAAGCUUUCUGAAAAUGAAGAGUUUUAAGCAGUGUUAUGUUUUGUUAUUGUAUUUCAGCUCUGGGUGCGAUCCUCUGCCUGGAUGAAGCAUCUCACAGUGUGACAGCUUGUGUGUGUGUUUAGCUCUCAGCUACAGUCUGCGGUGUUGUUUUAUAUCUUUUAUAUAUCAGCUGAAUGUGAAGGAUGUCGAGAUUGAAGGGACUGCUACGAUAGGAGUUCAGUCUCUCUUAUUUCUAAUCAUACAAUAAGAUCCCUCACUCAAACACGGUUAUAUGUUGAUUUAUUUAAAAAGGAGUGUUGUUAUUCUAAAUAAGAAUUCUUCAACUCUAUAUUUCCUAUAAUAUCAACCAAUGCUAUGUGUGGUUGUUCUCCCCAAAGCUGGUUUAUGAUUAUCUGAUGCAACAUUUGGAAGUUGAAAUGUAUUCAGUUGGAGGUUUAGUUUCACCUUGAACUUGUGUUAAUGGGGCAGCAGCCGCCAGUAUCAGAAUUGGCCCGCCAGUCAGUUCUGCUGUGAAUCAGGUGUGACCCAUGACUGAGUACUACGAGGAAGGGGGGCUGCUGUACGAGCAAUCACCUCCCAUGCACAUCAAGGUGGAGUCUCCAGAGGGACCCUUUGGAGGGGGAGCCUCAGAAAACGGCUUCCCCAGGGAGGAUGAGGACUCGGAGGGCAGCUGUGACCAAAAUAGUGGAUUACCUGGUGGGCUUCCCUUCAAUGUGGUAGUGGUGCAUCCGAACAUUAUGGCACCUGGCAUGUCCUCAGACGACCUCUUGUCAAUCGAACAAAACAGAGCUAUGUCAGCUGCAUUGGCUGCUGGUGGUGCAGGGAAAAGAAAGAGUCGUUUCAGUGGCGCAGAGCUGGAGGUGUUGGUGUCAGAAGUCACUCGGUGUGAAGGAGAGCUCUUUGGUCCCGCGGGAAGGCUCAGGCGACGAGAGAGAGAGCGCAUCUGGGCAGGAAUCCUAGAGAGAGUCAACGCUGUUUCGAGAGUGCCGCGCACCCUUCGAGAGGUGAAGAAGCGCUGGGACGACUUGAAGAGACGCAAUGGAGGCAGACUAGCAGAUGCUCGCCACCGCAGCUGUUAUCUGCCAUCCAGCAGAGGGGCCUCGAUGCUUGGCCGUCCCUCCCAGACAAGCCCCAGGCUUCAACAUGCCAGGCAAAAACAAAGCACCAGACCAAAGCCCAGUUUUCCAUGCUUCCCUGACUCAGAUACAGUUGUAGGAAUGGAAGGAUCAGAAAGAGAUGGUUUGGAGAAAGAUGAGGACAAUCCUGAGCACGACAGAGACAUGGGAGAACCUGAGUGUGAACCAGGCGAGAACAGCAUGGAGGACAAAUUGGGAUUAGGACUGGGUUUGGGCAUAGGACCGCCACCUUCUUCAGAACGAUGGCUUCCUCCUUCCCCCCUUUACAGUGCUCCUUUCUUAAAUGGCAGCCCCCAACCCAGCAGUCCUCAGCCAUCGCUUGGAGCACAUCAGGGUCCUCUGGAAGCCCCCCCACGCAGCUCCUGGCUGGAAGACGAGCUACGAGGGUUGGGAGAAGCAGCCAUUCAACUGGGAAAUCGGGUAGAAAAGAGUUUGCAGGAGUUUGGGGAAGGUUUCAGACAGGACAUGCAGACACUUGUUGCUUCUCAAGAGACAUUAGCAGUCAGUCUACAACAAAACAAUGUCCUGUUGCAAAGGCUGCUUGGAGUGCUUGAAGCCCAGCAACAACCACAACCACAGCCGCAUCGUGUACAACAAGCACACCAAACACAAACAUCUCAACAGCACUUACAACCUCAGCCAGCUCAGCAGCAGCAGCUACAACACAUCGAACCACAGCAGCAACAACAACAACAACAACAACAACAGCAGUUUGAAACACCACUGCAAACAGAAAUUAAAACAAAUCAUCAACAGCAGCCUGUGGUCGCCCAGCUUUCAAAUAAUCAGUCAGCGGUAGCAUCGUUGCCUUCACCAUUGUCCCCUGACUUACAUGGCACUGUUCCCCCUGAUCCACCCACAGACACAAAUGGGACUGUGACGAGGCCAAGGCGAGGGAAAGCUGUUGAUCACAGGCGCAGGAGACGACGCUAAAGUAGAAGUACAUAUGCGGACAUCAUGCAUAUUCAGUGUCUACAAAUGUGACAAGAAGUUGUGAUUUUUUUUCUUUUGGAAGAAUUUUUAUGAAAAAUAAACUGACUUAUUUUGAGUGUUACAUAACACUCCAAAUCAGUAAUUCAUAUUGCACUUACGUAUGUAUUCAGAAAGUACUGAAGUAGAUCAGCAGAUUAAACAAAUUACAUAAUAGGGUGGCCUUAACAUAUGCUUGGUUCCUAAGUAUAUACAUAUAUGUAUAUAAUGUGCUAACACUUUCUGAAACACGUUGCUCAUGAUGCACUCAUGAGAUUUUUUGGCCCUGAUAACACCAAACUGUAGGUGCUGAUGUUUGAUGGUGUCACUGCAUGUCACUGUAAAAGUCUAGCAGCUGAGCAGCAAAGAUCAUGAUGCUCUCUCUAGUUCAGUACUCAAUUCAGUCUCAGUCUCAAUUCUUCUGACCCUCUGACUACAUUGUCGUAAAGUACCUGUAAUCUGCAGUUGUUACCCCAUAUUGUAGUUCUACAGCUAAUGUAAUUACCUGCUACUGUAUGCUUGUGCUUUUUUACUGAGCCCCUCAAGGCUCAGAUAAAAAAAAGAAGAAUAAAAAGCAAUUUGCAAAUCUGUUCGCACUGUUUACAAAUCUGUGCACACAGAUUUUGCAUCUAUGGGAAUGGAUUUUGGAGUUUUUUCAGGGCUGUCAAACAAUUAAAUUUUUUUAUUGCAAUUAAUCGCUUAAUUAUAAUAGUUAAUCCCAAUUAAUCACAUUUUUAAUCGCAUGUUAGAAGUUCCAUCAUAUCACAUUUAAAAGUAUAAAUUGUAAGGCUUUUGCUUUGAAUGUUUGUACUGUCUUGAGCUGAGAGUACUUUACUGUUUGAAUUCAACCCUGCUUUUAUUUUGAAAUAAAGGAAGGACCUUCUGGUCGAUUGAAGGUUAUGACAUUAACUUAACCACAGACAGAAACUCGUUUGGGAUCAAAAACUAAAUCGAACAGCUAAAAGGGAGACACUGUGGAGGCGUAUCCACAGUUCGCCUAAAGGGACAAAAUAGCAUGCAAUUAAUUGCGAUUAACAAACAAAAUGAUGCAUUAAUUUCAGACCUUAGUUAAUCACGACUAACUAGUUAAUGCUCCCAGCCCUAGAUUUUUUUUUUUUUUUUUACAUUUGUAUUUCUUGCCUGAGCCUUGCGGGAUUCUGUUUUUUUUUUUUUAAUGGUUUCAUGAAACGUUUCCAGCUUUGGUUGGACAAUAAAGUUAGACUGUGUUCUGUUUGAUGUGUUUUCAGAUGAAAAUAUAUACAUUAAAAAAAAAAAAACAGUUUUUUGGUGUUUUGAAAAACAAACAAUAUUCAGAGAUUAACAUCACAGCCGUUUCAGACUGUACAUCAUAUGUUUCCAGUGGGAUUUCAAAGCCUACAUAAGUAUGUAGGGGCUAGUAUAAUCUUGCAUGCAGUAUACUGGAUGUGUUUGUAGAUGAUAAAAAGAAAAAUAAUAUGGCCAUCUAAGUAGUUUUACAAAAGCUAUAUUUUGUAGAUAACUACUGUUCCAUUGAAAUGUAACUAAACCUUAAUAAAAAUCAGACAUGGACUGUAAAUAAA